AUGUCUCUUCCCAGAGACUUCCUCUGGGGCUUUGCUACGGCUUCCUACCAGAUUGAAGGUGCUCCAGAGGCAGACGGCCGUGGCCCCUCCAUCUGGGACAAAUUCUGCACCAUCCCCGGCAAAAUCGCCGACGGCUCCUCCGGCGCCGUGGCCUGCGACAGCUAUAAUCGCACCGCCGAAGACAUUUCUCUUCUUCGAGAGACUGGCGCCAAUGCCUACCGCUUCUCCAUCUCAUGGUCCCGUAUCAUCCCCCUAGGCGGCCGAAAUGACCCGGUCAACCCCGCCGGCAUCGCCUUCUACAAGAAGUUCGUAGAAGACUUGCUUGCGGAAGGGAUCGUGCCGUUCGUGACACUGUUCCACUGGGAUCUGCCGAAUGAGCUGCACGAGCGGUACGGCGGGUUGUUGAACAAGGAGGAGUUUGUGGCUGAUUACGCCAAUUAUGCACGACUGCUAUUUGAGGCGCUACCCAAGGUCAAGUAUUGGAUUACGUUCAACGAGCCGUGGUGUAGCUCGAUCCUGGGGUACAACACGGGGUUGUUUGCUCCUGGGCAUACGAGCGAUAGGACAAAGUCGGCUGUUGGGGACAGCAGUAGGGAGUGCUGGCAAGUAGGGCAUAACAUUCUGAUUGCUCAUGGGGCGGCAGUCAAGAUCUACAGAGAGGAGUUUAAGCCCAAGAAUGGUGGCGAGAUUGGCAUCACGCUAAAUGGCGACGGCGUCUACCCCUGGGACCCAGCCGACCCCCUCGACGUCGAAGCCGCAGAGCGCAAACUCGAAUUUAGCAUUUCUUGGUUCGCCGACCCCAUCUACCACGGGCGCUACCCAGCAUCCAUGAUCAAGCAGCUCGGGGACCGCCUGCCCACCUUCACCCCCGAGGAACUCGCUUUGGUCAAGGGAUCGAACGACUUCUACGGCAUGAACCACUACGCCGCCAACUACAUCAAGCACAAAACCACGCCCUCCAAAAUCGACGACUACCUCGGCAACCUCGAGACCCUCUUCGAGUCCAAGACUGGGGAGAUCAUCGGCCCCGAAACGCAGUCCGUCUGGCUCCGUCCCAACCCCCAGGGCUUCCACAACCUCCUCGUCUGGAUCUCCGAGCGGUAUGCCCACCCUGCCAUCUACUGCACCGAGAAUGGCACCUCCCUCAAGGGCGAGAACGACCUGCCGCUCGAGCAGAUCCUGGACGACGAGUUCCGCGCCGAGUACUUCCGGGGCUACGUCAAUGCCAUGGCCAAGGCCGUCGAGGAGGGGGGCGUCGACGUGAGAGGCUACCUGGCCUGGAGCCUGAUGGACAAUUUCGAGUGGGCCGAGGGUUACGAGACGCGCUUUGGAGUUACGUUUGUGGACUAUGAGGGUGGGCAGAAGAGGUACUUGAAGAAGAGCGCGAAGGUUCUGGGGCCGUUGUUUGAGUCUUUGAUUAAGAAGGAGUAG